UACAUUAAUCCAUUCAUAACUCUGAUUUUGAUAUUUUAUAGUUUAUAUCAUAUUAAACAUGGCUGAAAUAGCGGUGAACCUGUUGAUGGACAAGUUGAUUCCAUUACUGACGUACGAAGUGGGACUCCUGAAAGAGGUGCACACGCAGGUGAGGUUCAUCAAAGAUCAACUAGGCCUAAUAAGAGCAUACUUGAGAGAUGCAGAUGUGAAGGCAGAGAAAGAAGACAAAAGCGACGUAGUGAAAGAGUGGGUGAAGCAAGUGAGGGAAGUUGCACAUAGCAUAGAAGAUGCCAUCGAUGAGUACUUGCUCCAAGUUGCUCAGCGUCGCCAAAAGCGUGGCAUCGCUGGUGUUGUUGAGAAAAUUGUUUGGUUGCUCAGAAGCAUAGAACCACGCCAUACGAUUACGUCACAGAUUCGUGACAUCAACACCAUGAUAGAAACCCUUGACAAAAGGAAAGACACGUUGGGGUUCAACCCUUCUUCAGAUUCAGAAUCAUCCACUAGUUCUCUUCAUCAUGGUCAUGACCUUCGAAAGGGUACUCUCUUCCUUGAGGAUGCACAGCUUGUUGGAAUCAAUGAUACAAGGAAGAAACUCAAAAGCUUGCUGCUCGAUGAAGAUAGCAGACGCACCGUCAUCGCAGUGGUUGGCCCAGGCGGACUUGGUAAAACAACGAUUGCAAAGAAACUAUUUGAGAAGCAGAAGAAUAAGAGGUUCGAUUGUGGCGCAUGGGUGAGUGUGUCUAGCAAGUUCAAGGAGAAAGCAAUACUGAAAUCAAUGUUGCAGAACUUUUAUGAUGAGAAGGACGAAGACGAUGACUCUCAGACCAAGUUGAUUGAACAAAUGAAAAAGGCCACCCUGAUAAGAAAAGUGAGAGAACACUUGAAAGAAAAAAGCUACAUGAUUGUAUUUGACGAUGUUUGGGAAGAAGAUUUUUGGGGGCGUGUGGAAUAUGUAUUACCAGAGAACAACAAAAGGAGUAGGGUAAUCAUCACAACAAGACACAAGGGUGUUGCUGAGUUUUGCAAACGUUCUGCGCAUGUUCAUAUCCACGAGUUGCAAAGUCUAUGUCCAAGCGAUGCUAUGGAUCUGUUCAAUCUGAAGGCAUUUCAUCAACUCAAGCCAGAAGGGUAUUCAACAGAAUUGAUGAAAUUGUCAAAAGACAUCGUGAAGAAGUGUGAUGGAGUGCCACUCGCAAUUGUGGCCAUUGCUAGCCUCCUUUCCACAAAGAACAACAACUAUUCUGAAUGGAAGAAGGUUCAUGAUAGUCUUGGUUCAAAACUAGCAAGCGAUCCUCAUCUCAAAAGCUUCCAUCGAGUCUUAUCAGAAAGUUACAAUGAUCUCCCUUUCCACCUAAAGCCAUGCCUAUUGUAUUUUGGCAUUUUCCCUGAUGACUACUCCGUUAGCUGCACGAGACUUAUACGUCUAUGGGUAGCAGAAGGAUUGGUGAAUGUAAAAGAGAAUGAAAACCGUACCCAAGAGGAAGUUGCAGAAGAAUACUUGCAUGAAUUGAUACGUAGGAGUCUAGUUACAGUGUCCUCUGAGUUUUUGGAUGGCAGGGUAAAAAACAUUAGGGUGCAUGAUCUGAUGCAUGACUUUAUUAAGGACAAGUGUGUGGAGUUGGACUUUUGCCAAGUGAUAAAAAGUGAAAACUUCACCUUCAAUUCAACAACUCGAAGAUUGUCAAUCCAAUUUCAAGGUAGCGGAGAAGAUGCUGUUCUUGCAAGAGCUGUUGCAGCAAAUCAUGAUCGAGUGCGCUUUUGUUUUGCUUUUAACUUGGAGGAGCUCCCAAGGCCUCUGUUGAAAUCAUUCCUCUCCAAUUUCAAGCUCUUGGUUGGAUUAGACUUUGAAGAUUCCCCUCUCGAUGAUCUUCCUGAACCGGUUGGAAACUUGUUGCAUUUGAAGUAUUUAAACUUAAGGAAUACUAGAAUCAAGAACCUUCCAAAGUUCAUUGGCAAGCUUCAGAACCUACAGACUCUGGACCUGAAAUAUACUCAAGUACGCGAAUUACCUAUAGAGGUUAACAAACUCACCAAGCUGCACCAUCUUCUAGCUUAUUCUGACAACGAGGAAUUCGAUUUCAGUAUAGCAUCCAUGCAAGGAGUUGUGAUAAAGGAAGGGAUUGGGCGUCUAAAGGCCCUGCAGCAGCUAUUCAAGGUUGAUAUGACUAAUGGGGAUGGCCUAAUCAAGGAAGUGCAAAGUUUGAAGCAGUUGAGGGGAUUUGGCAUUAUCAAGCUAAGAAGACACAAUGGAAAACCAUUAUGUAUUGCAAUUGAAGGCAUGACGCGUCUUCAGUCACUGAGCAUUGCAGCAGCAGGAGAGAAUGAGAUACUUGACCUGCAUUCAUUGGUUAAUCCUCCUCACCAACAUCUCCAACGCCUAAACUUGUAUGGCCGUUUGGAAACAGUGCCUCUUUGGAUUCCAAAACUUCAUGUUCUGGUAAGGUUAUUCUUGAAUUGGUCAGGACUAACGGAAGAUCCACUACCAAUGCUUAAAGACUUGACAGAGUUAAUGGAGCUUGAGCUUUACAGUGCAUUUGAAGGUGUUGAGUUGUGUUUUGGAGACGGGUGGUUCAAAAAGUUGAAGGUUUUAAGCCUAGAAAAUAUGCAAGCCUUGAAGACCUUGAAAAUUCAUACAGGAGCAUUGCCUAUUCUUCAAAAGCUAACCAUUGGGCCGUGCCCUCAAAUGGUGGAGGUUCCCCAUGAUAUCACAAACCUACAGGCUCUCGAACAUCUUCGAUUCUAUGAAAUGCCUAUGAACUCAACAGAAGGAAAGGACUUUGGCAUAUUGAAGGACAUAUCAUUUGUGAUUUACUCCAAGGGAAGCAAAUUCUACACCCUUCAUAGCGAUGCAAAGACUGAAACUGGUGAUUUUUAGAUACAUUUUGUAUAUUAUAUAUAUGUGUGUGUGACUUUUAUUUCAAGGAUUGUAAUAUUCUUGUAAUAAGGUAAUGUUUAAGUUAGGUCAGCCAUGUGUGUGACGAUUGCAAGUGAUCCAAAGAGUUGUCAGUUAUGUGUAGUCAUUGAUCCAACCUAGUGAGUUGGUUAUAUGUGUGUGUGUGGGGGGGCGGGGGUUUGAAUUUUAUUUUAAAGAUUGUAAUACUCUUGUAAUAAGGUAUGUCAGCCAUAUGUGUGACGAUUCCUGAUGACCUUUUAGGGAGUGUUUGGUACGAGUAUUUGAUAUGGAAUGAUGGGAAAGUGGGGUGGAGAAUAUUUAUUUAUCAUGUUUGGUAUGA